UGUGAGAAUGCAGUUUGUACAAUUGUACAGAUUGUACAGUGAGUGGGUUGACAAUGCGGGUUCGGUCUCAAGCGGUACUAGCGGUCUCUAGCGUCUCUAGGCUCUAGGACCUCUAGUAGACGAUAGAAAGGAUAGAAAGCAUAGAAGGCGAUGGAAGAUGAUGCCUUCUUUGCGGAAGAAGGUAGCAGGAUUUAUUCGUCAGCUUUCAGUAAACAAUCAGAAUGAAAAUGCAGAUCAAAUUGAUUCUUCGGGACCAUCAUCUGGCUGUUUCAUUCAAAGAUACCUCAGCGGGCAUGAUGUGAGGCAGUCAGAACCUAUUAUCCUUCAUGGUCGGAAUCCACAUGAAUUACCACGUAAGAACAUUGGGACCAUUAUCUUGGGAAAUCAGUUUGCUGCUGUUACUGGUCCAGAUGGGGGACUGACAACAGUUAACAGACACCAACGCCAUCUCUCAACAAGUGACCCUGAUGUUGAUUAUAUUGACAUUCAGCAGCAUGUUGCUGACCAGGAGCGAAACAGUACAGUGUCAUCUAGUGACUGUAUAUUCAGCCCAGGAUAUGGGCGGUGGUUCACCGUAAGACCACCAGCACAUCCCAUAGACAACUCGGUGAUGCACAUCAGGGCAGCUGGUUCUGUGUUCAGCGUUGGCAAAAGAUCCGUUCAUACAAGCGUGUCAGACCUGCAGACCACUGCAGAAACAGAAGACGAUUCUAACUUGAAUUUGAGACCUGAAGAGGAUACAGUGUUUCAGGCUAUAGAUAUUUUGAAGGCAGAUCCUUGUGCUGCAGAAGUGAACGGGAAUUCUGAGAUCCAAGGAGCAACUGAAUCCAUAUUCAAGCAGAGUUCACCAUUAGAUUUUGUGAUACCACCUCCUGCAGAGUAUGCUACUGGUGUGAAUUGUACUGCCUUUGGUGGCUUCCCUUCCAUCAGGAAAUCUAAAAGUGCACCUCUGUCUAGAUGCAGUACCACAACAACAACAACCGUCAUUGGUAGCCACAGGAAUGGUGAUGCAGUUCAGCACCCCUCUCCACCGUCAGAAGUUGCAGGGGUUUCUGAUUGGUCUCGACCCAAUAAUAGGGCUUAUGGUGCUGCCACUACACUGUAUGAGAGGCACCCUCUAACAAAACAGCAUGCUGGUAGCCCGAUAGCUGAUUGUUUUGCCAUUGUGGCUAGGACCAAUUCUGCUAUAUUGGCAUUAGCUGAUGGAGUUAAUUGGGGUGAGAAGGCUUGCAUUGCUGCUAGGAGCGCAGUCCAUGGAUGUAUAGACUACCUGAACAAGGCUGUAUUUACUUCUGGCAACAUAGCAAACACUACUGAUGUGUUUGUAUCAUUGCUGAGAUCAUUCCAUGCAGCACACAGUCUAAUUCUUCAGGAAGCUGGGAUGUUAACUACACUUACUACAGCCAUAGUAUUACCAUUAGCAGAUUCAGAUAGGUUCGUGGCCUGUGUAUGUAAUGUCGGGGAUAGCCUCUCAUAUGUGUACAGUGCAGAGCAUGGUGUGAGGGAGAUCACCAAGGGUUCCCAUGAUAUCCAUUGCAUGCGGGACAUGCGGGAUGCCUUGGGAGCUUUGGGACCAGUGGAUGGACAAAAUCCAGAACUCAACAAUCUGACCUGUUCUAUGACAGAAGUGGAGUCAGGAGAUAUUGUUUUCAUCACUUCAGAUGGAGUUUCUGAUAACUUUGACCCAGUGGUUGGAAAGUUUGCUGUGCUUCCACCUUCAGAUAAUUUAAAUCUGAAAGUUCCUUCUAGUACAGUCAAGAUGUCAUAUGCUGCUCCAAAUCAUGGUUCAUCAAAAUCCCCUGGUGGAGAUUUAUCUUCUUCCACCUCUUUACCCACUGUUCAGGCCUACCAGCGUCAUGAACUUUCAUUGCUGAGGAUGGAUGACUUGCUGAAGAAUGGAGUUUCUGGUGAUGGGCCACCCUGUCGAGAUGCAAAAACAUUAUGUGAGAUGCUUCUAGACUUUGCCACCAGAUUAACUGCUGCUAAGCGCCACAUUCUUGAAGACCCUGACUUAUAUUACACCACAGUAGAAGGCAGCACAGAGUUGACAGAGCUGAGCCGAGCUGAACAGCGAUCCCGACGCAGGAAAAUGUGUGAGAAACUUGCUAUGGUUCCUGGAAAAUUGGACCAUGCCAGUGUUGUGGCUUAUCAGGUUGGUGUGAACAGAAAUAAUGGAGGUAGUGUAGCAGUUUCAUCUGAAAAUGUUGGCAGUGAUGAUGAUGAGGAUGACAACAAUGACCUGGUGGAGACAGUUCUCUAGAAUACAGUGCUGUGAUUUGAGGAAACCAAUGUGAAAGUUGCAGCUACCGUGGCAACACGUACUCCAAAAUUAAAAGUGAUACUAACAUUACAAAGCACUUCAUAUGGCAAACUUGGCAUGUUAUAUGACUGGCAUCAUUGUGCAGCCUUCAGAAUUCCUACAGGUCGUGUUGGGAGUAUAAAAUGAAAUUGUGGCAAGAUUGAGAGGCAAUAUUUCAUUUGACAGCACUAUUUGUCAUGACAUUUUGCCAAGCCUCAUGUUUCAGUGAUAAAAACUGACAUUCACAGUGCUGAUAGCAUUCCAUUAUAAUUUAACAACAUUUAUGUAAAUCAAAAUGUGAAAUAUGUUAGAUGCUUCUGAAUUCCAAGAAUUUAUUUUUACUUACUCAAACUGUCUAUAUAUGAGAUAUACCUAUGUUGUAAUAUAUUAUGUAUUAUAAAAUAGUAUUUCUUUUAAUUAAAGACCUAACUGAAUGUAAACUAUGAUUUAUUUGCAACAAUAUUUCUUCAGCUUUUACAUUCUUCAGUGACUGAAAAUGCCACAGUAUCACUGCUGUGGAAACUAUGUUACUGUAAUAUAUUUUAGCAAAUGUAAUAUUUAUUUUAAUUAAAAUUAUGUAAAAUAGAAAUAAACUGUAGCUCAUUUAAUUUAGUGCAAUAAAUUGAAAAUUAGUACAUAGUUUCUUUAA